UCAAUGGUACUUUUGUGUCAUCUUGUGAAACAUUAGUUUUCCUAGAUUUAUUUUCUAAGAUAUGGCAUCAACGUCUCUGUCAACAUUUUGUUUGACCAACUCAACUGCCAACCUUCACAAUUUUAGAUUACACUAAGGAAUUUAUUCUGAAGAAAAACUAAUGGGUUUUCAUUGUUUACAGUUCUCUUGAAUAUCGUUCCAAUCGGUCGGUUCGCUUCAAGAUAUUAGGGACCUAUAGAAUGAAAUAAAAUUUCUUCUAAGUCUGCAAGUUCUCAUUCUGAUGAAACGUGCAUCUUCAACAAGCAGAAACUUAUAAUUUGAAUUUCUGUAUUGAAAUUGAUAUGUGUCAGUGAGCUGGAGGAGUUGAAUCAUCUCGACGAUGUGUCGACGAUUAUCCACAGAGCAGGCAUACCAUUCGGCGAAAAUUGAAGGCAUAAGAAAAUUUUCGAUACGACGUCGAUUUUAAUGUUGCCAUAUUGGCAAUCGUUGACGGGCAAUUAUUUCCUGACUCGGAGCUACGUUCUCGGUGGAAAUCGACGCUUAACCAAUUUCGUUUCAUGUCGAGUGACAAGAGGUUUAAAAAAACUUAAAUAUAUAUUGCGCAGUAUUUUUACGAUAUUUCAGAGUCGUUAUUAAACAACAAUAAAAAUGAGCGAACUGGUUUGGGGGAUCAAAAAUGGAGAUCUUGAUCAAGUACGGGACAUUGUCGAGAACAAGGAUAUAGACGUGAAUCAAAUGAUCGAUGGGAGAACACCGUUACAUUAUGCUGCUGAUUAUGGCCAAGGUGACGUGCUCAGAUACCUUUUGGAAAAGGGAGCUGAUGCAAAUGCAACAGACAAACACGGAAUUACAACUCUUUUAGCAGCGAUUUGGGAAGGACACACGAAUUGCGUGAAAUUAUUACUCGAAAGAGGGGCAAAUCCUGAUGGUUCAACGCCAGAUGGUACGAGUUACCUUGAAGCAGCUGAGAAGGACGAAAUCAAACAGCUGCUUAAAUCUCACUAGCAGUGAAUCAAAUAAUCGUCAAGUUUUAAUUUUAGUUCUUUAUGUUCCUCAUAGGAGAUUACCAUUGCUUUUAUUCACUUUCAGCAUGUCAAAUUGCUAUAGAUUACUGUAUGUAUUCUAAAGAAGGGUAGAUGAGCGCUAAUAUUAGGAUUAUAUAAUAUAUUAUUUUUUAUGCUGGUGUAGAGUUUACUGAAAUAUCCACAACGAGUUUAUGUAAAAGGAAAACCUGUCAAUUAUUUUGGCAUAGCUAUACAAAUAUUGCCUAAUUUUUUUAAAAACUUAUAAUUUUAACAUUUUGUGUGAUGCCUCCAAGUAACUAUCAAUGUGCUUUGACCAAUGGUUACUUUACUUGCAUUAGUUCUAUUGUUAAAUGCGACGAAAUUUUUAUCUGAAUGUGUUAUUUAAACUCGCUGAUUAGGUUUGCUAUUUUAUUCAACCUAGAGCUUCAAAAUGAGAACAAUUCGCUAGGUGGACAAGUUAUAAUAGUACGCUUUAUUGAUGUACUUCGUAUUUUUAAUAAUAAAAAAGAGAUUUGCGCUAUAA